CAGCGAGGUCGGUUCCGCCCGACUUUAACAUGGCGGCGCCCUUUGUCUGCUCUGAAGUGCUGUCCCCGGCCUUCUCGCGGCCGUGAUGCACCUCCUUCUGUGGUGGGGCCCAGGACAUGGCAGGUAAUGAGCUGGAGGAGGAGAGCCAAGCUGGAGUUUCCCCAGACAAACUGUCGGAACAGAGUAGCCUGGGCUACUUGGAAAUCUGAGCAGGAGCACCUGGGCAUCUGUACAGCAAGGCGACUGGGCUCCAAGCAAGCAAGAAGAAUCUUCCAGACCUCCUAAGGGCCAGGCCUGGGACUGGCAGUGUCACUGCUGGCCGCCCAGAUUUGGCUGGAGUCUCGUGCAGGCAUGGCUGGAGGGAGGGGUUGCUGGCUGCUGUCUAUGGAGGCUGCGCCUGCUGUGCCUGUGUCCGUGUUGCCCAUUUGGAACCACGCUGCACGGCUUCCCCAGGUCCCUCGUGUUUUCAUUCCCAGAUGAAUUUCUUGUGAGGCCAGCCAGGGCUCGUGUCCAGCCAGGCUGCGCGUCCUCUGGGGAGCAUCCCAGCUCUGAUAACGCGGUCUGCCCCAACAGUCAGGGCCAUUGACCGGGCAGAUGGCGAUAUCACGGAAGCUGCCUGUUUGCAGGCAGGAGUUGGUCAGAAAUAUGAGGGCUCUGGGUUUGGUGGGCUCUGCAUUGUUGUUGUGUGUGAGUUUCCUCUUUCUUGGAAGCAGCUUUAACUGAGGCCCACGUGUAGCACCCUUGAAGCGAGGUGAAAUGAGGAGGAAGGCGUGCUGAUGCUUGGCAGAGGGCACCACGUAGUACGGGUGGGCUGGAGGAGCUGCACUUGAUCCCGGUCAUGGGUGAUGAGAGGUGGGAUGGCUGCUGAUCUUACUUUGUGUUUAAAGUCUCCUCAGAUAGUGCCCCCUGCUCACAUGGACUCGGGACUCCUGGCUCCCAGCACACUGCCUGCCCCUGGAGCCCCCAGGUCUCUCUGUGUGCCCUAUGCACUCAGCUCUCUUUCUGGUCCCUUCUAAGCUUGCUCAGAUCCUGAUAGGUUCCUUUCACUGUAGAGCAGGGGUCCCCAUCCCUUGGGCCACAGACCAGCAUCUGUCUGUGGCCUGUUAGGAACUGGGCUGCACAGCAGGAGAGUGACCGGUAGUGAGCAAAGCUCCAUCUGUAUUUACAGCUGCGUCAGUCACUUGCAUCCCCCGCUACGCCCCGGCUGUGGAAACAUUGUCCUCCUUGAAAACCAGUGCCUGGUGCCAAAACGGUUGGGGCCCACUGCUGUAGAGUAUGAGAGAGGAGGCGGUCGGAGCAUUGCACGCUCAGUUCACCUAAGUCUGGAGGUGGGGCGCUGCCUGGCUGUAGCUCAACCCCUCCGAGGGGACGCCCCUCACUGGCUCUGGGCACUGCCUGGGGGAGAAAGGGGCUGUGGGAGCUUUCUUAGGCAGCAGGCUCGAGGAGGUGAGUGGGUGAGCCUGGAAGACUGCCCCUAGGGCUUUGCAGUUAUGAAACCCACAGUGCUGCUGACAAGUGACACCGUUUGGCACUUGGCAAGCCCCUCAGGGGCCAAUCACAAGAUGGGGCUUGUGAGCAUAUAUGUGUAAGCACUGCUGUCUGUCUGUGGGGAUGGUCUUUUUUCUCCUUUUCCCUUCCUUCCUUCCUUCUAGUUCCUCUCCCUGCUUCUCCUGUCUUUCCCUGCUCUCUCCUCUCUUAUCCUCUCCUGGUUUCUCUCCCAUCCUUUUCUUUAUUUGACAGAAGAGAUGAUCUUUUAGGACUGUUUCUCUUGUUGGAACAGCUCUGGAGGCUUCAGAGGGAUUCCAGAAGGCUUCCGUGUUCUGACACCCACAUCUGGGGAGGAGCCCACUUCUGGGCGGGCAUGUCUCAUCGGAAAGCUGUGGUUAGCUUUGGGUGGAAAACAUUACUCAGGGCACACAGCUGCUCCUGUGUGUGUGGGGGUGCUGGAGCCACUGGGUCACCGAGCACCCUCUCCUGGGGACCUUCCCCCAAGGCCUCUGGACAUAAGCGCCCCGACCCUAUGCCCCCCCACCGUCCGCCAUCCCCCACCAGGAGUCCUGGGCUUCGAGCCCCUUCCCCUAGAAGCCUCAGGGAGUGUGACAGCCUGAGGGCUUGUUGUAGCCCUGGACCCAGGGAAGGCUAAUAAUCACCUGACCUUUAAGCCAGCUGGUCUCUCCACGCUGUUGGCCAGGAGUCUUUUCUCACGUUUAUCUUCCUAACAAGUCAGAUCGCUUUCCGGCUGGAGGGUUCUGCUUUCAGUUGGCUCCAGCCCAGGGGGAUAAGAACAACGCUUUGCCUCUUGUGUGGGGGUGGGAGGCAGGGAACUCAUGUUCAGCCAGCACUCCUUUUCUGAGCCUGGCAGGUGCUUCCUCCCGGCUCCUAGUGAAGGUGAGAGAGCCAGGCCCCCCACCAGGAGGGACUGGUUUGGGUCUGAGUGGAAAGUUCUGAGGGGAAGAUUCUGCAACUCAUCGAGGAGGCCCCUGUGGUCCUUCACUCUGCACUUGGGAGGUGUCUCACCUGAGGCUCCCGAGGACAAAGAGGCCAUGGAUUUUCCCCAGCACAGCCAGCACGUCUUGGAGCAGCUGAACCAGCAGCGACAACUGGGACUUUUGUGCGACUGCACUUUUGUGGUGGACGGCGUUGACUUUAAGGCUCAUAAAGCAGUGCUGGCAGCCUGCAGUGAAUACUUCAAGAUGCUCUUCGUGGACCAGAAGGAUGUGGUGCACCUGGACAUCAGUAACGCGGCAGGCCUGGGGCAGGUGCUAGAGUUUAUGUACACAGCCAAGCUGAGCCUGAGCUCUGAGAACGUGGACGAUGUGCUGGCCGUGGCCAGCUUCCUGCAGAUGCAGGACAUCAUCACGGCCUGUCAUGCCCUCAAGUCACUGGCUGAGCCGGCUGCCAGCCCUGGGGAGAAUGUGGAGGCCUCAGCCGCGGAAGUGGGUGACAAGAGAGCCAAAGAGGAGAAGGCUGCUGCCACUGCGCUGAGCGAGCUGGACCCGGCCAGGAGCAGUCCGCCCGCGGGCCCAAGUCGGGAGCCCAAGGAGGAGCGAGGUGGCCAGGCCGAGAGCACGGGCAGCGGUGCAGAGCAGACGGAGAAGGCAGAUGCUCCCCGGGAGCCUGUGGAGCUCAAGCCGGACCCCACGAGUGGCAUGGCUGCUGCUGAGGCCGAGGCUGCCUUGUCAGAGAGCUCAGAGCAAGAAAUGGAGGUGGAGCCGGCCAGGAAGGGAGAAGAGCGAGAGGAGGAGGAGGGCGCCGCGCCGGCGGUGGUCAAGGAAGAGGGGCCGCCACUGGAGAAGGGCGAGGCCCCGGAGGAGAGUGAGGAGUCAGCCAGCACGGACUCGGGCCAGGAGCUCGGCGCUGAGGCCCGAGGCCUGCGCUCAGGCACCUACGGCGACCGCACGGAGUCCAAGGCCUAUGGCUCGGUCAUCCACAAGUGCGAGGACUGUGGGAAGGAGUUCACGCACACCGGGAACUUCAAGCGGCACAUCCGCAUCCACACCGGUGAGAAGCCGUUCUCGUGCCGGGAGUGCAGCAAGGCCUUCUCCGACCCGGCCGCCUGCAAGGCCCACGAGAAGACGCACAGCCCGCUGAAGCCCUACGGCUGUGAGGAGUGUGGCAAGAGCUACCGGCUCAUCAGCCUGCUGAACCUGCACAAGAAGCGGCACUCGGGCGAGGCGCGCUACCGCUGCGAGGACUGUGGCAAGCUCUUCACCACGUCGGGCAACCUCAAGCGGCACCAGCUGGUGCACAGCGGCGAGAAGCCCUACCAGUGCGACUACUGCGGCCGCUCCUUCUCUGACCCCACGUCGAAGAUGCGCCACCUGGAGACGCACGACACAGACAAGGAGCACAAGUGCCCGCACUGCGACAAGAAGUUCAACCAGGUGGGGAAUCUGAAGGCCCACCUGAAGAUCCACAUCGCCGACGGGCCCCUCAAGUGCCGGGAGUGUGGAAAGCAGUUCACCACCUCAGGGAACCUGAAGCGGCACCUGCGGAUCCACAGCGGGGAGAAACCCUACGUGUGCGUCCACUGCCAGCGGCAGUUCGCUGACCCCGGCGCCCUGCAGCGGCACGUUCGCAUUCACACGGGUGAGAAGCCAUGCCAGUGCGUGAUGUGCGGCAAAGCCUUCACCCAGGCCAGCUCUUUAAUUGCCCAUGUGCGCCAGCACACCGGGGAGAAGCCCUACGUCUGUGAGCGCUGCGGCAAGAGAUUCGUCCAGUCCAGCCAGUUGGCCAAUCAUAUCCGCCACCAUGAUAAUAUCCGCCCCCACAAGUGUAGCGUGUGCAGCAAGGCCUUCGUGAAUGUGGGGGACCUGUCUAAGCACAUCAUUAUCCACACUGGAGAGAAGCCCUACCUGUGUGACAAGUGUGGUCGCGGUUUCAACCGGGUGGACAACCUUCGCUCCCAUGUGAAGACUGUGCACCAGGGCAAGGCCGGCAUCAAAAUCCUGGAGCCAGAGGAGGGUGGUGAGGUCAGUGUGGUCACUGUCGAUGACAUGGUCACGCUGGCCACCGAGGCACUGGCAGCAACGGCUGUCACACAGCUCACAGUGGUGCCAGUAGGGGCCGCAGUGACUGCCGAUGAGACUGAAGUCCUUAAAGCUGAGAUCAGCAAAGCUGUGAAGCAAGUGCAGGAAGAAGAUCCCAACACCCACAUCCUCUAUGCCUGUGAUUCCUGCGGGGAUAAGUUUCUGGACGCCAACAGCCUGGCCCAGCACGUGCGGAUCCACACGGCCCAGGCACUGGUCAUGUUCCAGACAGAUGCGGACUUCUACCAGCAGUAUGGGCCGGGCAGCACGUGGCCGGCCGGGCAGGUGCUGCAGGCCGGGGAGCUGGUUUUCCGUCCUCGGGACGGGGCCGAUGGGCAGCCUGCCCUGGCAGAGACACCCCCCACAGCCCCUGAAUGUCCACCGUCUGCUGAGUGAGCAGGCACCCCUCCUCCUAUUUAAGGAUGGAUGGCACCCUAGAACUGAGAAGGGUGACCCCAUUCCCUAGAGAGAAUAAAUUUGAUUAUUUUCUAA